AUGAUUGAAUCUCAAUUCAGUGUGAUUCCUGGAUGUAUUUUGUUACCUAAUCCUGAUGAUUCUCUUGCGACUGGUCAAGAUUUAGAUCUAAGAUGGAUCCACGUACUCCUUAGGCUGUGGGAGGUCUACCUCAACUGUUGUCUGAAGCCCGAGCUAGACCCUGGUGUUAUCAGGCCAUCGGGCUAUCGGUCGGUCGGGAACACGAUAACCUUACAGCAGCUCCACUUUCCCCGCAUACUUCUUGCCAUCUUCCACGUCUCCCGUCCGCUUGAUCUUGAAAUUUCAUUGCCAGCGCCAACUGCAUUUAACCGCGGAAUGGAAUGCGAGGGAUAUGAGGUUCGGUUACGCUGGGGCUGCGGCAUUGCAUCGCGUGGUCAAUUUACGGGUGCCGAUAAGCCAUUGAAAGAGAGCGUUCCGCCAAGGCCGAAGGGAAGACGAAGAGACUUGAGUAGGGAAAGAAAAAGACUGGAGGCUCAGAAUCAGAGUCAGACUCCAUCUUCUUGCCAGACGUCGGAGAAUACAAGGCAGCCUAACAUGAUCGAGUGCUUGGACUCGAAUCACUCGCCCGCGUCUGUCCGCUCGGAAAAAGAUGAUCUUUUAUUCAAUGAAUUCGUGACAUCUGGCAUCAAUGUUUUGCAGUCGGCAACUAUGUCGGAAAAUCACCUACGAGGCGAACUUCCCAGACUAUGCCAGGAAUCCAACGCUCUGUACAAUAUCUGCCUGACUUUCCAACUUUCCCUCACCAGCGUCCACACCACGCAAUUUUUCGAAUAUUUUGAUCGGUCAAUACGGGAAUUCCGCGCGGAGCUCGCUCAAUCCACGAUACUCUCCGAUGGGACCUUCACUGCGGGUCUUCUGUUGUGCAGCAUUGGACUGAUACAUGGCAUGCCUUGGUCGAUCCAUAUAGAAGGAAUGCACAAUAUCCUCCAAGGCCAUGAUCUUGCUCAUUUCCCUGGAGAUGUCACAUUCACACCCUUUCGCACUCAUCUUCUUGAAGUCAUUGGUGCCAUGGACAUACAAUGCAUGACAGUGGGGCGUCAGACCAGCUCACUCGGCAUAUGGCGGCGAUUUUGUCAGCCGUUGAGACCGAGGGACGGCAUUGAACCGAUCACUGGAUUGCCGCGCUCGUUCAUGGACCUUCUGGCCGGAACCGGUAUUGACUCAUCAGAACAAAGCUUCUGGAACUGGCCUGGAGAGCCUGGAAACUUCUUGCAGUGUUAUCUCUGGGAGGCGUAUCGCUUAGCGGCCAUCCUGAACAUCCGGCAGAUUGAAAGAAACAGAAUUGCCUCAAGCGACCCACAGAGUCCUCCUGCGUGGCAACCCCGCAUGCCCUGCCCACUCGACUCGAGAGUGCUCGUGAAUCGAAUCCUCGCCAAUGUGGACGCUCUACGCUUGGGCUGUGCAGAGCGUCCGGAUGAAGACCCUCUUAUAAGAAACUCUACCUUGUAUCCUUUGAUCAUCGCCGGACAAGAAGUGCAAAUUUUACAUGACCAUGCGCACUGGCAAGAGGUGAUUCGCGAAUGCUCGCUGGACUUACACCAGGGUGGGAUCUUGUUCGAGAUACUGGAAGAGAUGUGGCAGGAGAACAAAGAGAAGCCCGACAUUCAUGAGAGGGCUCGCGCAAGAAAUGUUGAGAUAGGUCUUUUGUGA